UUACAUCAAAUGCAAGCAUCCUUCUAGGACUAGACCACACUUCAGAAUAGGCUACGGUGCUCUACCGCUAACAAGGACGCUUUUCUUUUGGAUUUCGCGUUUUUAGCCUUUUUCUUUAAUAAAGACGUGUGUUCUUGACUGUUACAAAUAUGAAGGAAAGGAGAAAUCCACAGCCGUUGGUGGUGAGAUGUAAACUGGUUCUUGUUGGAGAUGUUCAAUGCGGAAAAACUGCGAUGUUGCAAGUCCUCGCGAAGGAUUGUUAUCCAGAGACUUAUGUGCCCACGGUGUUUGAGAACUACACAGCGUGUCUGGAACUAGAGGAGCAGCGUGUGGAGCUCAGUCUGUGGGACACGUCAGGUUCUCCCUACUAUGACAAUGUGAGGCCUCUCUGUUACAGUGAUUCUGACGCGGUGCUCCUCUGUUUUGACAUCAGCCGCCCAGACACCUUCGACUGUGGGCUCAAGAAGUGGAAGACAGAGAUCUUAGAUUUCUGCCCCAGCACACGCAUCCUUCUCAUUGGCUGUAAGACCGACCUGCGCACAGACGUCUGCACCCUGAUGGAGCUGUCCAAUCAGAAACAGGUCCCCAUCACCCAUGAGCAGGGUUCCUCCAUGGCCAAGCAGCUUGGUACUGAGGCCUACCUGGAGUGUUCAGCGUUCACCUCAGAGAAGAGUAUCCACAGUGUCUUCCGUACGGCCUCUCUGGCUUGCAUCAACAAGCUCCAGCCCCUCCCCAAGCCCAGCCCCACUCGACGCCUCUCAAAGAGGCUCCUCCACCUCCCCAGCCGCUCCUUCAAGAAGGAGAAGACCAAGGGCUGCUCCGUCAUGUGAGUGGAGACCCGGGCGGGCGGGCUUUCUCUCACUUCCAACACUCUGCUCCGUCAUGUGAGUGGAGACCCGGGCGGGGGGGCUUUCUCUCACUUCCAACACGCUGCUCCGUCAUGUGAGUGGAGACCCGGGCGGGGGGGCUUUCGCUCCCUUCCAAAACUCUGCUCCGUCAUGUGAGUGGAGACCUGGGCGGGCGGGCUUUCUCUCCCUUCCAACACUCUGCUCCGUCAUGUGAGUGGAGACCCGGGCGGGGGCUUUCUCUCCCUUCCAACACUCUGCUCCGUCAUGUGAGUGGAGACCCGGGCGGGGGGGGGGCUUUCGCUCACUUCCAACACUCUGCUCCGUCAUGUGAGUGGAGACCCGGGCAGGGGGGGGCUUUCGCUCACUUCCAACACUCUGCUCCGUCAUGUGAGUGGAGACCCGGGCGGGGGGGGGCUUUCGCUCCCUUCCAACACUCUGCUCCGUCAUGUGAGUGGAGACCCGGGCGGGGGGGCUCUCGCUCCCUUCCAACACGCUGCUCCGUCAUGUGAGUGG